AUGGCACAGAACCGACCGCCUCUUGAGCGCUAUAAGCAUCGACGGGAGGAACAGUCCAGACAUUUUCAAGAAAGCUCCGCAGUCUCGACCAUGUCAAAUUCUGCUGUCUACUCUACUAUUACUUCUGACGCGAGGUGCACUGAGGACCCCACUCUCUGCGAGCUCCGUGCAAAGAACCUUGCUACAGCUAGACAACGCCAACAAAGCUCGGAGGAGUAUAAAGUUCGGGGUCGUGACUUAGACGAAGUCCGCGACGAGCUACGAAAGCACUGCGAACUUAGGCUAGAGCUAUGUCGCUCUAAGAAGCAAGAGUUACAGCUAGAGCGCGAGAUUAUUGAGAAUGAUCGAGAUCUCACUCCAAAAGAAGUCGAAAAUCAGAAUAGGCUACUUAACGAGCUAGAGAGGGAGAUUUAUAUUCUUCAGAAACAGUCGAACCGCCUGAUUGGAAUCGCUCUUCUCUCUAAAUGUGGAAAUCUUGCACAAAGCUGGGAUAAUCUUGCUAAUGCUUAUGGACAAGCUCUAGCUACGAUUACGUCAAGUCUGCCGCUAUCCGCUAAGGAUAAAGAUAUAUGGCCUGGAGGGCGUGAAGAGGUUGACCAGGCCAACUUUCGGCAGAGCUUGAAUGAUUGUUACAAUCCGGACCGAAAGCCGAAAGAUCCUAAGUGGUGCCCCGUCAGCAGGGAAUACGUCAGGUAUUACGACGUUAAAGCCGCGCAUAUCGUACCCUUCGCUCUCGGUGAUGUUAACGUCUCUUUUUUUUUUGGAGAUCCUCUUGAAAAAGGCUAUCAAAGAAUCUGGAAUAUAGGAAAUGGCUUGAUCCUCCACAAAAAGAUCGAAUUACUAUUCGACCAAGCGGCAAUUCAGAUCGUACCAGGCCACUCAAAAGAUCAGGCUGUGGGUUGCCUAAAAGUGGUUGUUCUAGACCCAGAAGCCUUGACAGGCCAUGAAGAUCUGGGCGACCUAGAGGGAAGAGAGUUGGAAUUCCCAGAUGGUAUUUCAACACGACCACAACCCGAAUACCUCUACAUCUCCUGUGUACUAGCAGCGCUACGCAGGAAGCGGUUUGGUUGUCGAGGCUGGAGAGAUGACUAUGAGAAGUUAUUCGGAGAACCCGCAUGGCCACACGUCCAACUCGACCUUAAUAAGAGUAGCCUAUUCGCUCUUGCUGCUGCGGCUGGCGACCUUGGUCGCUUUGAGAAGGCUCUGAAGCGAUUCAGCUUCAGGAAGACUCCUUCUUCAGCUAAUUCUGAGCUUGACGAGGCCACUCUGGCGCCGGCUCUAUUUGGAAAACCUCCCGCGAAUAACCACGUCGUCGAUGAUGGCGGGUCGACGGACGCCGAGAAGGCCGAGUUAAAGCUACAGGAGAGCCAGGCAGAGAAUCAGAGCAUCGAGUUCAGGGGGCAGAGAGAGGAACUGGUGGCCGAGUACGAGGAGAAGAUCAAGGCAUUCCAGGACGAGCAGGUCAGGAAAGAGGCCGAGAUCGAGGAGAAGACUAAGGAAUUCCAGGCCGAGCAGGUUAGGAAAGACGCCGAGAUCGAGGCUCUCAAGGCGAGGGUACAACGGAUGGAAGAGGAAAAGAAGAACUUGGAGACGCGUCUCGCUGAGAGCGGAGCUGUUAUCGCGCAACUGCGCAGGACGGUAGAACGAAAGGUGUCAUCAUUCGGUGAGACGGUGUUGGCAAAGCUGCGACGAUGA